CGCCGACGCAAAAGUGUGUUCUUUGUGUCACGGGGCGCCUCUGCCCUCCUUAGGGAGGUGAAGGCACGCCGCCGUGGAGGUCUGCAUGGGCUGUGCGCGCGUGAUGUACUGCGGCAUCGGCUUCGCGAGCAAGCUGGGCAGGGGCUGCAGGAGGCUCGUCGGCGCGUGCUGGCGGGGGGCGCUCUUCACGCGUGGCGUUGCUCUCUCCGCCUACGCGCGUUUCCGGAAGUCCCUGAACGUGGUCGUGAGUUUCGGCCUGGGGUGCUCACGCUGGUUGGCCAAGAGUAUUGGCGCUGUCCUCGUGCCCCCGUGGCCCCAUGGAGCGGGUCAGCAGCUGGCGGUGCCCAUGUCAGCGUGGCUCAUGUACCACACUUGGCUGCUCCGCCUCUUCGUGGCGCUCAGGUACCCGCUCGGUCGUCUACUUGUGCGCGGUGCUCUUGGUCUUGGGCAGCCCAGCUUCCCUGAGCGGAUUGCCAGCGCCUUCACCACUUGCUGCGUUCGUGGCCUCGUCGCGGUGCUCGGAGCCCCAUACGCGACUGCGCCCUGGAGUUAGAUGCUCUGGAGGCCGAGGCGGCCAUCCAGAGGCACAAGUGGCGCCGACGCCGGCGCGGGAGGCCGCGGUGAGCCGCCUGAGUUCUGCUUCGUGUUUCAGAGGGCGGAGGUCCGGCAUCAGCAUGCGUGCCAGUCUGUGCUUGCACCCGCUGUCGUUGU